CUCUGCCUCCCUCCCUCCCUUCCUCCAUCCUCAUCUUGGUUGGUGUUGUGCGCAAAAUCUCCAGCGCCGGACGGACGGACGCAGUUUGACGGCACAAACGAGCGGCACUGCGGGGGGAUAUCCAAGAAAGAAAAAAGAAACAAGAGCCCACCAAGGACAGACAUGGAUAUUUAACCGGCGUUUGAUUCUUUUUUCUCCAAAUCUUUUUUUUUUUAUUUUUUAUUUUUUAUUUUUCUUUCCCCACCUUGUGAUGUUGCUCUUGCCCUGGGGGUGUUAAUUGAACCUGCUCGAUGUCUCUCAUCAGUUUAUAACCGAAACAAAAUGAGGAUUUCUUCUCGCGAUUGGAUUCUGUUGAUGUUCUCUGGCUUUUGGGGACUGACAAUGGGUGCUUUCCCGAGCAGCGUUCAGAUCGGUGGCCUGUUCAUCAGAAACACUGAUCAGGAGUACACCGCCUUUCGUUUGGCGAUCUUCCUGCACAACACCAGCCCGAACGCCUCGGAAGCCCCAUUCAACCUGGUGCCUCACGUGGACAACAUCGAAACGGCCAACAGCUUCGCCGUCACCAACGCCUUUUGCUCGCAGUACUCCCGUGGUGUCUUCGCCAUCUUCGGCUUGUACGACAAGCGUUCGGUCCACACGUUGACGUCCUUCUGCAGCGCCCUGCACAUCUCCCUCAUCACGCCCAGCUUCCCCACCGAGGGCGAGAGCCAGUUCACCCUCCAGCUUCGGCCGUCCAUCCGAGGGGCGCUCCUGUCCCUGCUCGACCACUACGACUGGAACAAGUUCGUCUUCCUGUAUGACACCGAUCGAGGUUACGCCAUCCUGCAGGCCAUCAUGGAGAAGGCGGGACAAAACAACUGGCAGGUCAGCGCCAUCUGCGUGGAGAACUUCAACGACGCCAGCUACCGGCGACUGCUGGAGGACCUGGACCGGAGACCGGAGAAGAAGUUUGUCAUCGACUUGGAGGCCGAGAGGCUGCAGAACAUGCUGGAGCAGAUUGUCAGCGUCGGGAAGCAUGUCAAAGGCUACCAUUACAUCAUGGCCAAUCUGGGAUUUAAGGACAUCAACCUGGAGCGCUUCAUGCACGGCGGAGCCAAUGUGACAGGCUUCCAGCUGGUCGACUUCAGCAACCCCAUGGUCAUCAAGCUGAUGCAGCGCUGGAAUAAGCUGGAUCAGAGGGAAUACCCCGGCUCAGACGCUCCGCCCAAAUACACCUCGGCGUUGACUUACGACGGGGUGAUGGUGAUGGCCGAGGCCUUCAGGAACCUGCGCAGGCAGAAAGUGGACAUUUCCAGACGAGGGAACGCCGGCGACUGUCUGGCCAACCCGGCGGCCCCAUGGAACCAGGGCAUCGAUAUGGAGCGCACUCUCAAACAGGUCCGGCUGCAGGGAUUAACAGGUAAUGUCCAGUUUGACCACUAUGGCCGCAGGGUCAACUACACUAUGGACGUGUUUGAGCUGAAGAAUAAUGGACCCCGACGGAUCGGCUACUGGAACGAUGCAGACAAACUGGUCCUGAUCCAGGACUCUCCGCUGCUUCCAAAUGAUACUUCUGGCAUGGAGAAUCGCACUGUUGUUGUUACCACCAUCAUGGAGGGUCCGUACGUGAUGCUCAAGAAGAACCACGAGACGUUCGAGGGGAACGACCAGUACGAGGGUUACUGCGUGGACCUCGCCUCGGAGAUCGCCAAACACAUCGGCAUCAAGUACAAGAUCUCCAUCGUCCCCGACGGGAAGUACGGCGCCAGGGACCCGGAGACGAAGAUCUGGAACGGCAUGGUCGGGGAGCUGGUGUACGGGAAAGCGGAAAUCGCUGUGGCCCCUUUGACUAUCACGCUGGUCCGGGAGGAGGUGAUUGAUUUCUCCAAGCCCUUCAUGUCUCUGGGCAUUUCCAUCAUGAUCAAGAAGCCCCAAAAGUCCAAACCCGGGGUGUUCUCCUUCCUGGACCCGUUGGCCUACGAGAUCUGGAUGUGCAUCGUGUUUGCCUAUAUCGGCGUGAGCGUGGUGCUCUUCCUGGUCAGCCGCUUCAGCCCGUACGAAUGGCACACCGAGGAGCCCGAAGAGGGCACCGACGGUCCGCCAAGCGACCAGCCCCCCAAUGAGUUUGGCAUCUUCAACUCCCUCUGGUUCUCCCUGGGCGCCUUCAUGCAGCAGGGCUGUGACAUUUCCCCCAGGUCGCUGUCGGGGCGAAUCGUGGGGGGGGUGUGGUGGUUCUUCACCCUCAUCAUCAUUUCGUCCUACACGGCUAACCUGGCCGCCUUCCUCACCGUGGAGAGGAUGGUGUCGCCCAUCGAGAGCGCCGAGGAUCUGGCCAAGCAGACCGACAUCGCCUACGGUACUCUGGACUCCGGCUCCACUAAAGAGUUCUUCAGGCGGUCCAAGAUCGCCGUCUACGAGAAGAUGUGGGGCUACAUGAAGUCCGCCGAGCCCACCGUCUUCACCAAGACCACCGCGGAGGGGGUGGCGCGCGUCCGCAAGUCCAAGGGGAAAUACGCCUUCCUGCUGGAGUCCACCAUGAAUGAGUACACAGAGCAGCGCAAGCCCUGCGACACAAUGAAAGUCGGAGGCAACUUGGACUCCAAAGGCUACGGAGUAGCUACACCCAAGGGUUCACAGUUAAGAACGCCCGUAAACCUUGCCGUAUUGAAACUGAGUGAAGCAGGAGUCUUAGACAAACUGAAAAACAAAUGGUGGUACGAUAAAGGGGAGUGUGGACCCAAGGACUCGGGAAGUAAGGACAAGUCGUCCCAGGCCCUCAGCCUGAGCAAUGUGGCGGGGGUCUUCUACAUCCUCGUCGGGGGCCUGGGCCUGGCCAUGCUGGUGGCCCUCAUCGAAUUCUGCUACAAAUCACGCAACGAGGCCAAGAGAAUGAAGGUGGAAGCCCAGUCCCAAUCCCCGUCCCAACACCCCCAUUACCGCCAUGCUCGCCACCACUGCUACCCCUGCCAGACAGACAGCAGCCCCCGCCAUAGCCCAGAGCCUAGCCAGAGCCAGAGCCAAAGUCCAAGGCCCAGCCCCGGCAUCCACAACUUAGCAGAGUUCAGUGAGGUGUUCAAUGCGUACGGCAGCGAUGGGGAAGCUGAUAAAAUGUAGAUGGGGGUUUUCGUAGAGGGUCCACCCGAGUCCAUGACCCCUCUCUCGCUAGGUCCCUGCACUGAUACUGUAAGUGAAACCUGCCGUGUGUCCCCGUGCCUAGCUUCGCCAUGCUGAGUGACUGUCGUGACCAGUGGCAAAACGCUUCCCACUUCCUCUGUCCUCUCCGCUCACGUUUCUGUGGUCCUGUGACGUCCUGGUCUGCGUUCAAGCUUUUUAUCGAUGUGACACCGAGCGAUGAGUCAUCCUCAGACGUGACGCCGCCUGGACUGCUUCGCAGCUUGUGUGGCUGCAGACGUUGGCCUUCAUUUAUCGGGGGGGGCGGGGAGUCUAGGAUCUAACCCAGUUUUCAGCCAAAAUCGAACAUACUUUUAUUUUUACUAAAUGUUAAAAGCACAAGAUAAAUGGCGUGAUUUAUCACUCUCCUCAAAAUCAAAGCGUAGAUAUGCAAGUUUGUCCCGAUACGAUCAGCUGAACUGAAAUAGAGAACC